UUAGGAAACAAGAGUACACCUGCAUCGGAAUUUCACAUCGUACUUCACAAUUCCUUGAUCGAAACAUUGAAAUUGUUCAACAGAUACUCCAUGGGACAGCGCCCGGAUGAGAAGGCCGAUAUUCCCAGCAACCCGCAUACCGCCCUACUCGACAGGCUGCGCAGAUCCGUCCUUCUCCGGCACGAGCUGCGCAUUCCCUCCCGCGCAGGAGCAUGAGAAGUCUGUGCGCGGAUCCCGGGCGUUUCAUUCCACGCUCAGACGCGAGACGAGCUAGUACUAAGAGACUGUUGGGAGAAAUAUACUGAAGGAAUACUUCGUGACCUGACCUGAUAAGAGGGGAAAAGGAAGAGUGUUUUGUGUGAUCUAAUUGAUCAUGAGAGCGUUGCCGUCGCCAGUCAUGUCUGCCGAGCAACCAAUGUCAAGGACCAUGCAAUACAAAAAGGUGAUGAAGCCGUUAUUGGAACGUAAGAGGCGUGCCCGUAUCAACCAAUGUUUGGAGGAGUUGAAAGAGUUGAUGGUGACUGCCAUCCAAGCUGAUGGUGACAACAACGUUUCGAAGCUUGAGAAAGCUGAUGUGCUCGAAUUGACAGUGACGCAUUUGAGAAAGCUGGUUCAAAAGCAGGGUGAUGUCAGGGCUCCUGACCCUGCCGCCGCUGUGCAACGAUUUCAUGCCGGCUUCGCGAGAUGUGUGCAAGAAGUGGAUACUUUCCUCAGCUCAACUGCGUGCCAACAGGUUGCGCAGAGAGUUUCGUCAGAAGAGAAUAUGCAUCCAGCUACCCGUGGACUUAUGUCACACUUGCACGAAUGUCUCAUGGUGAUGGAUACGGCAGACAAAACCUCUCCCAUCCGUGUCACCACACCUGUUGCAGUUCGACAAGACCCAAUUGUAUCACCGCCACCAUCACCUUUGGCUGCUAUGGCUCCAUAUCAGAAAGCCUUGCACCGAAUGCGAGCUGCCUCAUCUGCUUCAACAUCGUCAUCAGUCGAUGAGACCAUGAUGAUGCAUGGGGAUUUUGCGUCUCGUGCUUCUCGCGCAGGUCUUCUCAUGCCAGUUCGUGUGUUGGUGCGUGACGAUCGUCGUGUGGCAUCUGGUGGUUUCUCGUCAGGUUCGGAAGAUGAUGAAGGACUCGAUUUGCGAGUGGGUGCGAAAAAAUCUUCGUCAUCUUCUUGUGCUUCGUCGUACGGAAGUCACGGCUCGUCAGGUUAUUAUUCAAGUGAUGAGGAUGUUUGGCGUCCAUGGUGAUCUGUGUGAAAGAUGAGAAUUUGUGUUGAAGGAUUUUGUUUUGGAAAUUAUUGUUUUCAUUGCCAGCGGAUAAAUAUACUUUUGUUUCCAUGAUUUAAUUGAAAGA